GAUUGGUCACUGCUGUCCUAACAAUUCUGACUACAGACACGAACAAAGCUCAGCAUGAGGAUCUUCACUGCUGUGGUGUUCGUGUGUGUGUGCAGGGCGGCCCCGCCUCCUUCCAUGCCGGACAGUGUGUUGGCUCUGGUCGGGUCGUGCGUUCUGCUGCCCUGCAGGUUCCCCCCCGCCCCGGGUUCUGAUGUCCGGCUGAGGUUCCGCUCGGCGUUUCCGGGCCUGAAGGUGACGGGGUUCAGCAGUGACCAGACGGACCAGGCCAGCAGGGGGCAGCGUCAGCUGAAGGGCCGAGUGUCGCUGUAUGGAGAGCUCAACUCCGGAGACUGUUCCCUCACCAUCGCUAACGUCAGCGCCUCAGACCCCAGCACCCUGGAGAUCCAGCUGAAGCAGAAGAGAGGAUCAUGGGGUGGAACCAAGAGCGUCCAGCUGAUCGUCAACCACGUCCCGCACCAGCCGGUGAUUACCAGCCCCAGGGCGGUGGUGGCGGGUCAGGUGGCGGUGGUGAACUGCUCGGUGCCGGUGAGCUGCCCCUCACAGCCCCCCCAGCUGCAGUGGGUGUGGCAGAGGGGGGGUCAGGAGGGCAGCAGUGGGUAUGAAGUGACGGAGAUGGUACAGGUGAAAGGUGAGCUGCCCCGGCUGGUCUCCUCCCUCUCCUUCACCCCGACUCACCUGGGGAAACCUCGGCUCAGGUGCGAUGCUCUGUACCCAGGAGACAGGAAGAGCAGCGUCAGCACCGAGCUCCACGUCCACUUUCCCCCGAAGGACGUGUCCAUCCAGGUCCUGACUGUGGUGGUGAGGGACGGAGGAAACGCUCUGCUGGCCUGUGUGUGCAAAGCCGACCCCCCGGUCUCAGAGUACCACUGGAACUACACCCAGUCCGGUAGAACCCACACCCUGCCGGGACGCUCGUCCACCGUCCGGAUCUUCAACAUCACCCGGGACACCAUGGUGCAGUGCAGCGUGAGGAACACCCUCGGCCGAGCCACCAGUCCCCCAACCUCCGCCAACGUCCAGUACUCCCCGACCAUCCUGAAACACUCCUCCUCCUGUGAUUGGAACGGGUUCCUUAUGGUCUGCAGGUGCACUGUGGACUCGAACCCCCGACCCGCCAUCACCUGGAGCGUAAACGGGAGCGUACCCCCACCGGACUACAACACCUCCUCUACCUCCUCCACCCACUCCACCCACGCUCUGCAGGAGACCCUCAGCGGCCCGGCGCUCACUCCACUCACCAUCGUCUGCUACGCCUUCAACGGCAUCGGCAACGACUCCUAUACCCUGCUGCAGGGCGGAGCCGGCGGCUGGACAGGCAGUCUGUGGACGAUGAUGCUUGGUUCUGGUUGUUUGGUUCUGCUCCUCCUCGUCUUCUUCCUCCUGGUUCUGCUGUUGUGCCGCUGGAGACGAGCCGGAAGGAGGAGGCGGCUGAUGAGUCGACGCCCCCCCGUGUUUGAGGACAGCGUCUACCAGGACCGUCUGCCGCUCUACAUCAACUGCACCGAGGUCACCAACAUCUACACCAACGGCAGCUACCAGCUGAUCUACCAGAACUGCACACCCUGCUUCGUCCGCACCAAACAGAUCCAUAAGAGACAGCGGAGAGGAGCCCGGCGGCAGAGGGUACAGAGAGAGAGAGACAGGGAGAACCCUGCAGAACCGACAGAGAGAGAGACAGCUCCACCCACUGACCCGGACCUGGAUCCAGAUACCGCCAUCUACGUAGAGGUCAUCUGACCUCAUUCACCACCACAGUCUGAUUCACACAGGAGAGUCUCUUACACUCCUGGUUCCUGGGUGAUGUGAUGAAAAGUGUGCAGUAUAAAGUGUGAACAGAUGUGAACAGGUGUGAACGGGAUCAUUGCCCACCAGAACAUGUAUAAUAACCACAACACCACACCGCCCACCAGCCCUGCCGGAAUAUACGCACUAACUGCGAUACCACGCGGUCCACCAUCCUACCAGAACAUAUGCAAUAACCAUAAUACCACGCUGUCCACCGUCCACAUUAACCACGUGAUUGCCCACCAGAACAUGCAUAAUAACCGCAACACCACAUCGUCCACCAUCCGUGCCAGAACAUACAAAGACCGCAAUACCACUCUGUUCACCACCCCUGCCAGAAUAUAUGCACUAACCGCGAUACCACAUGGUCCACCAUCCCACCAGAACAUAUGCAAUAACCGUAAUACCACACUGUCCACAGUCCACAUUUACCAUGUCACCACCCACCAGAACAUGUAUAAUAACUGCAAUACCACACCGUCCACCAAUCCCUGCCGGAACAUACAAAGACCGCAAUACCACACCAUCCACCACACCUGCCGGAACAUACACACUAACCGCAAUACCACACUGUUUACCAUCUCUGCCAUAACAUAUGCAAUAACCGCAAUACCACAUUGUCCACCAUCCACAAUAGCCACACAGUUCACCACCCCUGCCGGAACAUACGCAAUAACUGUAAUACCACACCGUCCACAUUAACCACGAAACCGCCCACCAGAACAUGUAACCACAGUACCCAACCAUCCACCAUUCCUUGCCGGAACAUAUAUAGACUACGAUACCACAUCGUCCAUCCCCCUGCCAGAACACACACAAUAACCAUGAUACUUAUGUUCUAGAUAAGCUGUGAGCAUGAGCCCUAGGUUUUUCACUCUAGACCUUCUGAAGGUUCUAGAUAGGAUGAGAAUGUGAACAGCAGUGGCUCUAGUUCCUCUGGAAUUUGCUUUAAAUAAAACAAAGCACAUUUUUAUAUUAAAUACAUUUUUUUUUGCCUUUUUUUGAAGAAUAAAAUCUUAAAACAAGUCACCGAUUAAAUUUUUUGUGUAAAAUUUUGGACACAAAAAUUUACUCCUUAUGUAUUUAUACUGAGAUUAAAUUAAACUCAGCUGGACUCUAUUAACUAAUUCACUGAGGAGAUUGAUUGCACUGGAUUUUAUUUUGUGGUUUUGGAAUGAACACUUUUACACGUCACACUUUUCCGAUUUUUAUUUGAUUAAAAUUGUGAAAACCACGUAUCAUUUCAAUUCCACUUCACAAUGAUGAGCUACUUUGUGUUGGUUUAUCACUUAAAAUCUUAAUAAAAUACAUUUAAUUUGUGGUUGUAAGGUGAAAAAAUGUGAAAAAAUACUUUUGCAAGCCACUUUAUACAGGCGUGUAGAGACCAGUUAGUAAUGUAGAGAGGGGAAAUUAUAAUUUCUAGAUAGUGAUUAGAAUCAAUGAUAGGAUCUUAUAACUUUAUAACCAGAGACAAAUAUGUGUUCAGAUAUGAACAGUUAAGGGAUUUGGUUUAUUCAAUAAUAAUCAUCUGCAUAAAUUAAUAUAGAUUUAUCUUUAUAAUGAUUGAAUUCAGUGUUGAUUGAUGGAAAGUGUGUGCCAGAAGUUCUAGAGAUGAAGCAGAUAGCGUAACUAAAAUAAUUGCUGUUUUAUUGAAAUAUAGAACUUUAAUCAUGUAAAUACAAACUUUAUCCCAGUCCCAUUUUUCCUAAGACUAUCCAUAAAUAACCCCAUUUGAUUGGAUAUUUUUUAUUUCUAGCAUCUGAGGAAAAAGUGCAUUGUGAGAAUAAGUCUGGAUAAGGAUAACUUUGUGAAACUUUACUGAUGUUCACAAAUUAGAAAGACUAUAUAUCUGUUCUUUUCUGAUAAAAAUGCAGCAAAUCUAAAAUGUGGCCACCAGGGGGCGGUACUGGUCUUACAAUAAUAACUUUAUACAGAAAUAAACAUCUGUUAAUGUGAAUAGGAGGAGUUUUACAUUAAUUCAUUCAUUUCUUCAUUUAUCUUUAGUCAUCACAUUUCUAUACUUAUUUAUUAUUGUUUAUUUGCUCAGUUUAACAUUAUGUUAAACACAAAGUCUCCUGGGGGGUAUACCAUGAAGCAGGAUUACAGGGUUAUCAAGCUAACAUUGAGCUAAACCCUGACUUAGUCGUACCACGAAUGUGGCUAUCCUUUCAGCUGAGUAGGUCGCCAUGGUAACGUAUUCUACAUGUCUAACCUGCUCCGGGGCAGGUUAAGUUGAAGCUCACCACACCAAACUAGUAUAAAUCCCGCCUCUUGUCCAAUCACAGAGCGAGUACAACACCCGCCUACUGGCCAAUCACAGAGAGACCCUGUUGAGCUUGGUGCAAAUCUUUAAAUUGCAUUAAU